AUGCGCAAAUCAUCAGGCGAGGUUUCAUCAUCCUCCAACACUCAAGAUGUUCAUCAUUCCGAUGAGAGAAAAUUACUCCAAAAUUUAAAAAUUGGAACAAUCAGCAAACGACAAUAUCAAAUUCCACUGUUGUUGUUGAGUGAUGUCGGAUUAUUUGCUUCCAUGAUGUUACAUUUUAUGAUUUGUCCAUAUACCAAAGUGGAAGAGAGUUUUAAUACUCAAGCUACGUUUGAUAUUUUGAGCAAGACGAGCACAAGUGAUUUUGAUCACAUGUUUUUUCCCGGAGUUGUACCACGUACAUUUAUCGGAGCUAGUAUUGUUUCAACGUUGAUUCAGAUGGUUCGUCCAAUUCUCUCUCCGAUCUUUCAAAUGUUUUCUUUAAUAUCUACAGAUGCUCCAUCGGAUUUGUUGUUGAUGCGAUUUGUUUUGGGAUGCUUGUCGUUUACGGGAUAUCAAUUUUUCAAAAAUGGAAUCCGAAGCAGAUUUGGAGCGUCCAUUGCUCUUUGUUUCAAUAUUAUUAAUUUGGUUCAAUUUCACUUGCUGUAUUACAUGUCGCGACCAUUGCCAAAUACUUUUGCUCUAAUAUUAGUGUAUAUUGCAUUUGGAUUUUGGACACGAAAUAAUGUGAAAUCCAUGUUCUUUUUACUUGGAUUUACAGCAGUGGUAUUUAGGAGUGAUGUUUUUGUCUUGAUUGUACCGAUAGCAUUACUGUGUCUUGUCACUCGACAAAUCAGCUUAUUCUCUGGUGUUUUGGUUGGUGUUACCUCCAUUGUGUCGGGAGUAGCUUAUUCAAUAAUGGUAGAUUCAUAUUUUUGGAGGAGAUUCAUUUGGCCUGAGGGAGAGGUGUUCUUGUACAAUACGGUUGAAAAUAAGAGUAUUAAUUGGGGAGCAUUACCUUUCCAUUGGUAUUUCACGUCAGCUCUACCUCGCUCCUUGUUGUGUGCUCUCAUAUUUAUUCCAUUUUCAUUGGGAGGAUUGAAACGAGCACAUGCCGAGUCGGCAAAUGAAACUUCCAAAAUUUCGAAAUUGGUACUGAUUGGGACCAUGUUUUGUGGAGCCUUAUUAUUUGUUGUGCUAUACUCGUUUCUUCCUCAUAAGGAGUUGCGAUUUAUUUUCUAUGCUUUGCCAUUAUUGAAUUUGGUUGCUGCCCUUGGUUUGAGCUCGUUGUUAAGCGGUAAUAUUGUGAAAAUUGGCUUUGCAACGCUACUUUUGACUGGUUCUCUUUUUGCAAGCUCACUCUUCUUGCAUGUGAGUUCACUAAAUUAUUAUGGAGCUGGAGCUUUAAUGAAAUUGCAUGAUUAUUUAGGGAAUAGAAAUAAUACGGAUCUAGUACUCAUUCAUAUGGAUGCACAUGUGACCAUGAAUGGUGUUUCUCAAUAUCUCUAUCGCGAUCAGUACUCGUAUUCCAAGCUUGAAAUUCUCGACAAUUCUACACUCAAUACUAUUCAUCAAGAAAUGUUUACACACGUUCUAACAGGCGAACAAAUUUUGAACAAUGCAAAUUUCAGACUCAUCGGUAGACAAAGCGGAUUUAAGAAUUUAAAUUAUCGAAAAAUCCUCUCGAAUCCAAGUGAACUCAUUGGAACCGAACACAAAAUUUACAUUUACGAACGAGUGAGUCAGCCCGAAUAUCUUGUUCCCAUAGUGAAAUGGGCCCAAAGACGUGACAAAAUUUUAUUGACUGUCGAAUUAUCGAAUGCCAGUGAAUUGAGUAUUCACUUGACGGAUCGAGAUCGAAUCAGCUUCAGAGGCCAAUCCUCUGGUCGAUGGUAUGCCUUUGACCUUGUAUUAUUGGAUGAUAUUGGCAAGUUGAAUUUUGAACCUGGUAUUCGUUGGAUCAAAAUUACUCUUCUCAAAAGAAAACCAUAUUUUUGGACAAAAUUAUCAAAAGAUGCAUCCAAUCCCUUCAAGAAGGAUUGGGAUAAUUGGGUUGAAACUGAAAACGAAGAUGACUAUAACCCCGAGUUGGCACUCUCUUCAUUGGAUCCUUCUGUGAUUCAACAAUGGUACAUUGAGGGGCAUGGCACUACUGAAACAGUCAUGUUGAAAAAGACAAUGUCACUUUUCACAGGAAAAAGCGACGCUGCCAGUUCCACUUUUAAUCAAGUAUUGAUUCGAAUUCACAAAAUUAUUGAUCAUGCUCAACAUGUCUUUUCACCCAUUCAAUUUUCACGAUUAGUCACCUUGUCUUUAUUUGGAAUGGUCAUUUUAUUAUAUUUGAACAAUAGUUUUGUACAGGGUUCUAAAUUGAAACAAGAUUAG